AGCUCUAAGUAAAAGCUGUAAAGUAGAAAUUUCUUCGGCUCGUGACGUAAAUACUACUGCAGUCAUUCAUGUGUUGUGCCAUCUUACAUCUGGCAGCAGUACACAUUCGUGGUACAGUGGAGCGGUCGCGCUAAUCGGUUUCAAAUUUUAAAAUCGGAACACGAUUGUUUAUUUUUUUACAAGUGAUAGUUUAUGUGGCAAAGGAUAUUCAUGAAUUUAGUGCACAUGUGUCGGACUGAAAACAAUAUUUUGUAGUCUAUAAUUGACUUGUGUUUCCAUCCUAAGGAACAGGAGCCGGAUUUCCCGAUGAAGCACUCGGAGUCAGAUGAGUUGGAAGAUGUGUUGCGCCACGUGGGCGAGUUCGGGCGCUACCAGAAGAUCCUGUUCCUCCUGCUCAUGCCCUUCGGUUUCUUCUUCGCCUUCGUGUACUUCGUGCAGAUGUUCAUCACGCUGACGCCGGCGACGCACUUUUGUGCUGUACCCGAAUUGGCGCACUUGGAUUUGGAACUUAGGCGAAAUUUGACAGCACCUCUCCUCAAGACUGGUGGUUAUGACAAGUGCAGGACCUUCGUCACGAACUGGACCCAAGUCCUGGAGACCUUGACACCUCCCUCGCCCGAGACCGAGACUGUUCCGUGCCGGGACGGGUGGGUGUACGACUACACUGAUAUACGAUACAGUUCCGUUGUUACCGAGAGAGAUUGGGUAUGCGAGAACGCUGGUAACGUGCCUUUGGCGCAGGCCAUAUUUUUCGUCGGAGCAAUCGUUGGAGGCCUCUUCUUUGGUUGGUUGGCUGACGAAUAUGGAAGGGUACCGGCUCUUAUAGGAUCGAACUUGGUGGGCGGGAUCGGCGGCAUAAUGACGAUAUACACAAAUCAUUUCAUUGACUUCGCCAUCUGCCGGUUCCUCGUCGGCAUGGCUUUUGAUAACGGCUUCAUGAUGGCAUACAUUUUAGUGUUGGAGUACGUCAGCCCGCGGCAUAGGACGUUGGUGGCCAACCUGUCCAUCGCGCUGUACUUCGGCGCUGGCUGCCUCUCCCUGCCCUGGCUCGCGGUCUGGAUUGGGGAUUGGAGGAUGCUGCUCUGGGUCACCUCAGGGCCCAUGUUGAUCUCACUCGUGGCUGGCUACCUCAUGCCAGAGAGUGCCAGAUGGUACGCGAGUCGAGGCCGCGUCAACUCAGCUGUGUCAGUGCUCAGGAAGUUUGAAAGAGUCAACGGUACCAAGAUUCCGGACGAUGUCAUGGAUGAAUUUAUUAUGUCUGUAAACAAGUCCAAGACAUCUGGCGAGUCCCUCCUGGUCCUCGCGAAGAGCGCCCCCCUCCGCGUGACCAUGCUGCUCAUGUUCUUCGUGUACAUGUCCUGUUCGGUGAUCUUCGACGGGCUGGUGCGCAUGUCCGACGCCUUCGGACUCGACUUCUUCAUCGCGUUCACUAUGACGUCAGCGACGGAGAUGCCCUCGGUUGUGCUGCUUGCUUUCCUUCUUGAUAGACUUGGAAGAAGAAGCAUGACUGCGGGCCCAAUGUUUAUAGCUGGAGUGCUAAUACUCGUCGCAAUGUUUGUACCUAAAGGUAUUCCCCAAGCGUUGCUGGCAGUGUUCUCGCGGUUCUGCAUCAACAUGGCGUACAACGCCGUGAUCCAGUGGGCCACGGAGCUGCUGCCCACGGGCGUGCGCGCCUCGGGCUCGGCCGCGCUGCACAUCAGCGGAUACGUGUCGGCGCUGCUGUCGCCCUAUAUUGUGUUCUCUGAACGCUUAUGGACUCUACUGCCACUUUUGAUCAUCGGCGUCACAUCUCUAGUGGCGUGUGGGGCCAGCUUGGUCCUGCCGGAGACUAAAGGCCGGCCCAUGCCGCAAACGAUGGCUGACGGCGAGGCCAUUGUCAGGGGCCAAAUGUUAUGCGGGAAAAGGAAAGAUAUUGAAGAGCCACAGUGGAAAAACGAGAAAGAAAAAGCUUUGAUUACAUAGCGCUGUGGCGACAAACUGUGUCUGUUAAUGGACCUGCCGGCAGAAGUUGAAGACGCAACUCGAAGUGUUAGGAGUUACCCGCAGAUGUACUUAAAGGUGCUCUCCACACGUACAAUAAACCUACUUAUAGCUUAGGUAAUAAUGACGAAUUUCAAAAUAUUUUUGAAUUUGAAGUCGCUCAGUGAUUUAUAGUAUAACAAACUUGUAUUGUGAAUGAAUGAUGGUUCACUUUGUGAAAAACUCAGGGACCUGAAAUUAUAAUAACUAGAUAAUAUUAGGAAAAAGACAAAUCAAUAAUAUAAUUGUUCAAAUGAUUGUCAUAUUCAAGUGCCUUUGGGUGUCAAUACUGUUUUGGUACAUUGUAAGACCCCAAAACUGGAUUCGAACGGUUCUCGGUAAGGUAAAGUUUUAAUAAUAUAAGAUGCCUUGUUAUCGCUUUGUGAUAUUUAUUAAAUAAUUUGUAAGCAGUUAGACCUGUCUAGAUGAAGCUUCCAGUAUGUUAAGAUAUUGUUAGCAGCCUUUUCUUAUAAAAAUAAUGAAUUGUGCAAUUAAUAUGAUACGGCAACUAAUAAAUAGUACAUGGUAUAUUUUGCUCAGAACUACUUGGUCAAUUCUAAGUUCGGUACCUAGUAUUUUAAGAGACAAUGACAUUUCAGUUUGUCAAUUAAAUGUUUAUAAUAAUAUUAAGUCGUAAACACGACGCUUGCUCAUUGCCUUCAGAGUUUAUAUUGACAGCUGACAUAAAACUCAAACUACACCUAAUUAUAAUUAUUGGUCUGCCUCUACAUCAGGCAGAUUUAGGUAUAGAGAAAGAAAGUCACAUGAACUCACAUCAUAAUGGAGCAGUUCACUUGCAAAUGUUUGUUUUUAAAAUAAUCUAGAUUAAUGUAGUUAAACAUGUUUAAUUAAUGAACAUGGUCACAAUAAAGAACAAAUAGUAGGAUAUUUACUGUGAUAAUUGUAUGUAAAGAAUGAUUCAAUAAAGCUUAUUCCAUAGUUUGAACUCAAAAAAAAAUAUGUAAAAAUGAAUUUCCUUUUUAAAUUUUUAUUAAGGCUUUUUCAAAUACGACCAUAAAAGACCAAGUCCCAGGACUAGUUUUUAAUUUUUGUUUUUUACGUUGACUUGUUAAUAAUUAUCAUCUUUAAUUUAGAAUAAGUCUGAGUAAUUGUAUGAUAAAUAGUUAAAUAUUGUAAUAAUAAUAACAUGAGGUUGUACAAUACUUUUAGUAAAAGUAUUAAUUACGA